GCAGCAACAGCUGCAGCAGCAACAGCUGCAGCAGCAACAGCUGCAGCAGCAACAGCUGCAGCAGCAACAGCUGCAGCAGCAACAGCUGCAGCACUGCAGCAACAACAGCUGCAGCACUGCAGCAGCAACAACAGCUGCAGCAGCAACAACAGCUGCAGCAGCAACAACAGCUGCAGCAACAACAACAGCUGCAGCAGCAAGAACAGCUGCAGCAGCAACAACAGCAGUGGCAGCAGCAACACCUUCGGCAGCAGCAAUGGCUUCGGCAGCAGCAGCUGCUGCAGCAGCAACAACAGCUGCGGCAGCAACAGCAGCUGCAGCAGCAACAAAAGCUGCAGCAGCAACAAGAGGUGCUGCGGCAACAACAGCUGCAGCAGCAGCAACAGCUGCAGCAGCGGAAACCAGCUGCUCGUGCUCGCCGUUGGGCGGCGAGGCCCGUGCUGCAGCAGCAGCUGCAGCAGCUAGCUGCUGCAGCAGCAAACCAAGAAGGCAAAUGA